AUGAAUUCUCAGUCUUUCAUUUAUUAUUUCUAUUUGGCAUUUGAAAAUUCAAUAUGUAAAGAUUAUAUAACGGAAAAAUUAUGGAAACAUGGCUAUGGUCAUGAUAUAAUACCAAUUGUAUUAAAACGAUCAAUCGUUGAACCUUAUGUACCACCAAAUUCAUUCAUUGCUAUUGAUGAUUUUACAACAAUUCAUGAUCUGGCUAAUUAUUUGAAAUAUUUAAUGCAUAAUCUAUUAGCAUACAGGAAAUAUUUUGAAUGGCGACGAAAUUAUAAAGUAUUAUAUUUGGAUGGAAAUAUUCAUGAUCAACUUGAACGGCCAUGGGGAUUUUGUCAACUUUGCAGAUUAUUAUGGAUGAAUCCACGCCCAAAAUAUAUGAUUGAAAAUUUGACCGAUUUUUGGAAUAAUUCAUGUGAAUCAUCGGGUACAUUGGUAAAUGAAAUUUUACAAGAAGAAAAAAAUUAA